AUGCCUCCCGCAUCCGCAGACAUACCCAUCAUCGACCUUUCCGGUCCUCAAGCAGAAGUAUCAAAACAACUAGUCGACGCCGCCGCCGACCACGGCUUCAUCUACAUCCAGAACCUCGGCCACGACAUACCCGCAGCGAGCAUCGACGAUGCAUUCGCCCUGUCCGAAAAGCUGUUCAGCGCACCUCUAGACGAAAAGCAGGCGUGCUCCAUCCAAACCAACAAUCGAGGAUGGACAAGCAUGCACGCCGAGACACUGGACCCCCAGAACCAAAAGGUGGGAGACUUCAAAGAAGCCUUCAACUUUGGCGAGUUCAUAAACAACAAAGCCCAGCAGCCUAUACCGCCCACCGUUGCCGCCGACGAGGCCCGUUUCUCCGCCUUUGCAGACCUCUGCCGCGCCCUGUGUCUCAAAAUCCUCACCCUCCUAGGCCAGGGUCUCCAAGUGAACGAUUUCCUCUCCUCGGCACACUUCAAAUCCCCCGCUGGGAGCGGCACCAUCCUCCGCUUCCUGCGCUACCCUCCGCCGUCGAGCACGUCCCACACCGUCGACGAUGUUCGUGCAGGCGCCCACUCCGACUACGGUUCCAUCACGCUUCUCUUCCGCCUCAGGGGCCAGGCUGGUCUUGAAAUCCUCAAAAAGGACGGCACGUGGGCUCCUGUCCCCGUCUCACCGCCAGGUACUGAAAACGAUCCCAGCCCUCCCAUCUUGAUCAACAUUGGCGACCUGUUGUCGUAUUGGACCAACGGGCUCUUUAGAAGUACCGUUCAUAGAGUGGUGUUUCCUGCGAACCGCGCGGAAGGGGUGGAGGGAGAGAGCAGCACUGACCCGCGAUACUCGAUUGCCUUCUUUUGCCACCCCAUGAACGAUGUCUUGCUGGAGCCCGUGCCGAGUGAGCGCGUGAGGGGCUUCGUCGAGGAGGGUGUGGUGAAGAAUCCGUAUGCCGAGAGAAAGGUCUUGACGGCAGGGGAACACUUGCUCAUGAGGCUGAGAGAGACCUAUGGGACCUUGUACGAAGACAAAAAGGACUGA